AAUCAUCAAUGAAUUUCAAACCUGGGCGCCUAGUAAAACCAGCAAACUUCAAUUUCAUAAUUUUAGAUUCAAAAUCAUCCUCGUUUGUCUAGUUCAAACUUUAAAGUGAAAAGAAGAUCCAUGACUUCAAGAGAAAAUUGCAGAAUUGAACUCCGAACUGCCAUUCGACAACUCACCGAUCGUUGUCUUUACUCUGCCUCCAAAUGUGGUUUUCAGGGCGGGAGAGCAGCUGGUGGGAAUUGAGCUGGAUCCUGCAAAGUUCACCCCUUCAAAUACUAGGUUCCAGCGUGGAAGCUCGAGUAUUCGUCGAAGAUUUCGCACCAAUGAUGUUACUUCUACGCCGCCAGCUGGCAUGUCGUAUGUUUCUACUCCUGUCAUGGAGGAAGAUGAGGUGGUUGAUGGUGAUUUCUACCUUUUGGCGAAGUCUUACUUUGAUUGCCGAGAGUAUAGAAGGGCUGCUCAUGUUCUUCGAGAUCAGACUGGGAAGAAAUCAGUGUUCUUGAGAUGUUAUGCACUUUAUUUGGCCGGAGAAAAGCGGAAGGAAGAAGAGAUGAUAGAGCUUGAAGGCCCCUUGGGUAAAAGUGAUACCGUGAAUCGUGAGCUAGCAUCACUGGAUAGAGAAUUUGCAACACUUCGUAAGAAUGGCACAAUAGAUCCUUUUGGCUUGUACUUAUACGGUCUUGUGCUUAAAGAGAAAGGCAACCAGAAUCUUGCUCUUACAGUUCUUGUGGAAUCCGUGAAUUACUAUCCUUGGAAUUGGAGUGCUUGGUCGGAGCUGCAAUCUUUGUGUACUACGGCUGAUACCUUGAGCAGCCUAAACCUCAGCUAUCAUUGGAUGAAGGAUUUUUUUCUUGCGAGUGCUUACCAAGAACUAAGGAUGCACAAUGAAUCCCUUGCAAAAUAUGAAUCUUUGCAAAGCACGUUCAGCUAUAGUAAUUAUAUUCAGGCUCAAAUUGCCAAAGCUCAGUACAGUUUAAGGGAAUUCGAGCAGGUUGAAGUUAUAUUUGAAGAACUCCUAAGGACUGACCCUCAUCGAAUAGAAGACAUGGAUAUGUAUUCCAAUGUGCUCUAUGCUAAGGAAUGUUUUGCUGCCCUCAGCUAUCUUGCUCAUAGGGUAUUUACGACUGACAAAUACAGACCUGAAUCCUGCUGCAUCAUUGGAAAUUAUUACAGUUUAAAGGGGCAGCAUGAGAAAUCUGUAAUGUACUUUCGGAGGGCACUGAAGCUGAACAAAAAUUAUUUAUCUGCCUGGACUCUUAUGGGUCAUGAGUAUGUAGAGAUGAAAAACACUCCAGCUGCUAUUGAUGCGUAUCGACGUGCUGUGGAUAUCUAUCCUCGAGAUUAUCGAGCUUGGUAUGGUCUUGGACAAGCAUAUGAAAUGAUGGGCAUGCCCUUCUAUGCUCUUCAUUAUUUUAAGAAGUCCGUAUUUUUGCAGCCAAAUGAUUCUCGGUUAUGGAUAGCGAUGGCUCAGUGUUACGAGACUGAUCAACUUCACAUGCUUGAGGAGGCAAUUAAGUGUUACAGAAGAGCUGCAAAUUGCAAUGACAGGGAGGCAAUAGCUCUGCAUCAGUUAGCAAAGCUUCAUGCUGAGCUUGGGCGUGCUGAAGAGGCAGCAUUUUACUACAAGAAGGAUUUGGAGAGGAUGGAAGCUGAAGAGAGAGAAGGACCUAAUAUGGUUGAAGCUUUGCUGUUUCUUGCACAGCACUGUAGAGAGCGAAAAAGAUUUGAAGAAGCAGAAGUUUAUUGUACUCGUCUUCUGGAUUACACUGGCCCGGAAAAGGAAACAGCAAAGAGUAUGCUUCGUGGAAUGAGAGCUUCAGAAUCCAGUUUCCCUUCGAUGGAUGUUGAACAUUUUCAUCCCUGACAACCUUCUUCCGAGAUGUUGACAGAUUCUAAACAUAACUCUUAGAAUGCAAAGCUGUUCUCAGAUGUUGUACUCUACCUCUGCAAUUGACAGUUUUGGUCUGAAGCCUCUGCUAAUACUGCCGAAGCUUCACCUUCUUCAUGAUCAAGAGUUAAGGGGUGCCGGCACAAGAAUUCUUUACUAGGUUGUAUUAUUAGGAGUAUGAAGGAAAUCGAUUUAUUGGAUAUGAUUAACUCUUUGUCCUCGUUCUGUUUCUGGAAAGAGCAGCAAGUGUUGGGUUAUGCAAUGCAGCAAGAACCGAAAUCUCAUUUCCCUACGACGCAAACAAUGGGAACAUCGCUAUAAUUUAUACGACAGAUCAUGCUAACCGCCACUGUAGUUGAUAGACGCAAGGCAUUUGAGAGAAUUGUGAACUAGUAGCUAGGAAACUGAGAUUCUAUGUACAAGUGAGGGUUCUAGUUCCAACAUUGCAUGAAUUAUUUGUAUGUUAACAUAUCAUUAUUUUUAAGAGAAGCUUCUUUACAUUGUCA